UCCUUGCCUCGAAAUCCAAAAAAUCGUGCUUUUUAAUGAGUAAUACAUAGAUAUAUAAUCGCUCUGUCAAAUAAUUACAAACACAAAUAUGCAGAUACCACGAAAUAUUCCUGUUACGUUCGUUUUUAACUAGGCAUUGCACAACGAUCCCUUACAGUUUACGAAACAUUGGCGCGAGAAUCUUCCCUGAAACGCAAGUCUGGACUUUUGAAAUAGACAACAACGUAAGGUAAAGGGAACGGCAAGCCUGUAUUAGUUGAGAAUGAUGCGCAAGAAGAAACGGCCAGCGUCUUUUUCAGUGAAUGAAGGAACAACCUCAUUCGAUGCGCCCAAAUCUAAGAAAAAGUCCAGCGCACAGCCACCCAGACCAGCAGCUCCUGAUGAGGUUCCUGACUCUGUUUUUGUACAAAUUCUACGAGAAUCUGGUGUCAUCUUGAAGCAUGGCAACAUGUCUAAUGAAAUUGCUGUAGAUCAAGUUGUGUUUCAAAAGAGACUGCAACACCAUCUAAGAAAGAAUCCCAGAUAUCCCAGUAUAAUUAAGGAGUUCAUAUCUGGCCUGGAGUCUCACAUUGAAGACCCUGAGAGAUUUAGAAACUGCUUGCUUCCCUCUCUACCACGGUCUGCAGGCAAGGGAGAGACCAGCUCAUUUCAGGAGAGCCUGGUGCGACUGCUUCUUGGUGUCGAGAUGCUACAGACCCCGGUCUUAAACACUUUGUUUGAGAAGCUUCCAGAGUUCAUGUUUGAGGGUGUCGGAGAGGGUGGCCUUAACAUUCCACACCUCAUCAUAACCCAACUGAAGUGGCUUGAUCGAGUCGUGGAUUGCAAGGAUUUGGGCUGUAAGUUGAUGCAGCUAGUGGCUGUGGCUCCUGUUGAGGUCCAGCGGGACAUCAUUACCAGCUUGCCCGAAAUCCUCGAGGACUCGCAGCAUGGACACAUGGCCCGAGAGCUGAAUGCUCUACUGCAGGAGAACACCCAGCUGACCGUUCCCAUCCUGGAUGCUCUGUCCAGCCUCAACCUCAGCUCAGCGCUUCUGGCUGAGGUGCGGGGUGCUGUCAUGACCACUGUUUCUGCAGUGCAGCUGGAAGAUCUUCCUGUUGUAGUGAAGUUCAUCUUGCACUCCAUCUCUGCUUCUGAUAGCAGUGAGGUGGUGUGUGAUUUACACAAGAAGCUGAAUUUGGAACAGUGUAUGUUGUCUUCUGUGCUGCAGGCCUCUCAAAGCCAUGAGAAGAGUAAAAGCUCCUACAGUGUCUCAUCAUGCAGCAGUAAGGACAGUGUGGCUUUGGUGCUGGAGGUGAUUAAGUCAGCCGUGCGCUUUCAAAAGACCAUUUCUGAGGCAUGGCUCAAGGCUGUAGAGAAUGUCCAUGAGACUGAAGAUCACAAGGUGCUUGAUGUGUUGGUGUUGCUCAUCCUCCACUCCACCAAUGCUAACCAGAGUCGGCGUGGGGCGGAGCAGCUGCUGAAGGUUAAAGUGCGCCGAGGCCUCAUCCAGGAGGCACUCCUCAGCAGGACGUUCAGGGACUACGCUCAGGUGAUCCGUGGAUAUUUCCCCUCCAUCCUGGCCUUGGCUCAGAGUCUGCUGCGCUCUCCAGACUGCUGUGUGGUGCCUUUCGGGGGCCACAUGUACAAGCUGGCCUUCACUGCCUUUGACUCCUACUGCCAGCAGGAGGUGGUGGGCUCCUUGGUCACACAUGUGUGCAGCGGUGUGAGUGGAGAGGCUGGUGUGGCUCUGGAGCUGCUGUGUGAGCUGGUAUCCCAGAAGCCCACAGAGAUGGCUCAGUAUGCCGUCUUUGUUAAGGGUAUCCUGGACUACAUGGAGAAACUGAAUCCACAGCAGAUCCGCCAGCUUUUCCACCUGCUCAGCUCUCUUGCCUUCAGACAUGACCAGCAUGUUAGCCACAUUCAGGAUGACAUGCACAUAGUGGUUCGCAAGCAGCUGUCCAGCACCGUUCCUAAGUACAAGCGUAUUGGCAUCAUUGGUGCCGUUAUGAUGGUAGGGAUCAUGGCGGCACCCAGGAGCAAUGCAGGGGUAAGCCAGGGAGGUACACUGCCCAAAGACACACACCGACAGGUGAUGCCGCUACUGGAACUGGUGCGUUCCUGUAGUGAAGUCUCCGCCGAGGCAACUGCACUCUAUUAUGAUGAGCUAGCCAACCUGCUGCAGACCUUCCCCCUGGACCCACUGGUGCAGGCAUGGAUUGGGAAGAGUGUGCUGGAGGAGUUUCAGGAGGACUUUGUAGUGGAUUUAGGAGCAGAGAUAGCAGGCUCAUUUCCCUUCCCUGCCUCAGUUAUGUAUAAUCUGGACGACGAGGAAAGUCAGGGAGGAAUUGCCAUCAAUUUACUGCCCCUGCAGACUCAGGAUGUUCCCCGCAGAGCAGAUGGCCGAGCCACUGCAACCCCCGGGAACACCGGCAGGCAUGUAUCUCCUCUAUGUCUGUCAUCAUUCUUCCGCUUGUUGAGGCUGUGUGAAGAGAAGCAGCACCAGGGUGACCUGGAAGAGAUCGAUGCCUUGCUAGGCUGCCCUCUGAUCCUGACUGAUAUGGAGGUUGUGGAGAAAAUGGACAGCCUGUCUAAGGCUGAGCGGGAGUUCUUCUGCUCUCUGCUCUUCUACACCAUCAACUGGUUUAGAGAGGUGGUAAAUGCUUUUUGCAAACAGACAGACCCUGAGAUGAAAAUGAAAGUUGUCACUCGUCUUCAGAACAUCACCUACCUGCAGACUUUACUAGAGACAUGCCUGGCAGCCAGCCCUGGCUUCAUUCCUCCCCUCGCUAACUUUGACUGUGAAAGUCCUGAAGUUCUGGCUACUACGUCCUCUACUGCUCCUGCAAAGAAAGCAAAUAGAAAAUCAGUGGGGAAGAAGAGGAAAGCGUCAGACAGUAAGAACUCUUCCACAGACAGCUCUCAGCUGGAGGAGGCCACACUACCAAACGAAUCUCAACAGGAUCAUCCAGAGAAGGAGAAAGGAACCAAAGCAGCUGUCAGUGUGUCUUCAUAUAGGCCCUUCUUUAGAGAGCUGGACAUGGAGGCUCUUGGCGUGCUGCAGUGUGGUCUCCUUUCCCGUUCAGUACUGGACACUGAGCUCCACAGCAAGGUGAGGGAGGAGGUGCAGCUGGGUCCUGCUGAGCUACUCUUCCUGCUAGAGGACAUGUGGCACAAACUAAAGUUCAGCCUGGCUUCAACCCCAGCCAAGAAAGCCCCGUUCCUCAAAGUGAAGGCCGACAGGGCAGUUGGCUUCUCUCGUCUGCAGCAGAAGAGCUCCAAGGAUGUGGCCACCUUCUGUGUUCAGCUGCUACCCACGCUGUGUACUCACCUGGAGAACUGCCACAACCACUUCCAGACCCUCAUUACAGAGAAGCAGGGCGUGGUGGAUGCUCUUGGUGUGGAUGUGAAGGAGCAGCAGCUCAUGUGUUCAGCCUACCAGCUCCUGCUCCAGGUGCUGGAUACCACCUUCAGCUGGUCUGGCUUCUCCCAGCCGGAGCAGCGGGCUCUUUUAAGGCGUGCUCUUGGAGUGCUUGCCAGCCGGCUAAAGGAGGAAGACACAGACCUAAGCAUGGAGCAGUUUAUAAAGCACAGUUCUGAGUACCUGCUGAAUUUGCGCAGUACAGUUCCAAGUCUGAGCGCAGCUCUGAGCCUAACUCAGCUCAUUAUCACACUCGGUCAGUGUGGAGGACCCAGCCCAGGCUCGCACAGAAAUGCCAUUGCAUCUCUGGCAAAGCAUUUCCUGUGUCAAGAGUGGGUGACAGUAAGUGGAGCAAAGGAUCGUGGGAACAAACACAACGAUGCACUCCACAGCCUCCUCUGUCUUUAUCUAGAGCACACUGAUGAUGUAUUGAAAGCAGUGGAGGAAAUUGCAGGAGAAGGCAUCCGUGAGCUGCUGACCGAGGCUAAGGACACGAGGUCCCGCAGCUGGGCCACGCUCUGCAGGCAAACCUUCCUGGUGUACUACAAGGCUCUGAUGGCAGAGCUGGAAAGGAGUGUGCGCAAGCUGCCUCCAGGAAGACAGACUGACAGCAAAGAGGUUCAGAGUGAAAAACUCCUAACGUGGAACAUAGCCGUGCGGGAUUUCCACAUCCUUGUUAACCUGGUCAAGGUUUUUGACAGCAGACCUGUUCUCAGUGUGUGUUUAAAGUAUGGCAGGCUUUUUCUGGAGUCCUUCCUUAAGUUAGGAAUGCCCCUCCUCGACUACAGCUUUAAAAAACACAAGGAGGAUGUUCAGAGUUUACUGAAGACGUUCCAGCUGAGUACCAGGCAGCUCCAUCACAUGUGUGGCCACUCCAAGAUCAGGCAGGACAUGGGCCUGACCAAUCAUGUGCCGGCACUUAAAAAAGGACUGGAACAGUUUGUGUACCGCGUAAAGGCCAUGCUUACUCUUAACCAGUGCCAGGAGGCCUUUUGGCUAGGCAAUCUAAAGAACAGGGACCUGAAGGGUGAAGAGAUUCUAUCACAACGGUCAGCAGAAAGUGAUGAGGAGGAUGAAGAAUCUUCCCAACUUCCAGAGGAACAGAAUGAGGAGGAGGACAGUGAUUGUGAGGAAAAGAAAAACAGCCACCUCGAUGAAGAGGAAGAAGAAUCAGACUGAUCAAACAGAAGCUGCAACUUCUCACUCUGCCUGUAUAGGGUUUUUGAAAACCAGUCUGCAACAGCUUUGGCACCUGCCUCUACUUUACUCUCCCAUCAUUAUGAUUUAAACUUGAUAAACUGUUCCUUUACUUAUCGAAAAAUUACAAAAUUGGGACAGUGUCCUUAUGGCUGAAACAGAUUCAUGAUGUUUUUGUUUGGUUUUCUUGUGAGAAAAAGUGCAUCCACUUUUUGUUUUGAAAAAUUAUAGGUAAUCAGGCUUUUUUUUGUUGCUUCUGCUUACUACCUUUUCAGAUGUUUGUGUAAUCACUUCCUAUUGCUAUUUAUAAAUUAAUUUCUCAUAAAAAGUGGUGUCUUUGGGUGCGUGAAGCAAUGUCAUAAUUUUAUGUCAGCCAAAUGCCGUAAAUGUGUAAUGUUGAUAUCUUAACCUCAUAAAAUCACUGGUUA